AUGUGGGGCGCAGCAGACAGCGGCAAACUCGGACUUGGAGAACAAGUCCUCGGCGGCGCCGUCACUGUCCCCCACGUCGUGUCUCUCCCCGCAGCUGUCUCCAAACUCGCCCUCGGGCAAAGCCACGUGCUGGCCUUGACUGCGAGGGGUCUCCUUUACUCCUGGGGCGCCGGCUUCUACGGCCGCCUCGGCCUCGGCUCCACAGCCAACGUCUACACCCCCGCCAGAGUCAACUUCCCCACGCCCGUCAAACCAACGUCUACGCACCCGCCAGAGCCUUCCCCACACACGUCAAAGUCCGCUGCUGCUGCUGCUGCUGCUGCUGCUGCCGAUUAUGAUGACUAUGCUGCUGCUGAUUAUGCUGAUUCUGGUGAUGCUGCUGCUGCUGACUAUGAUUCGGUUAUGAUGAUGGUGCCCUUCAAAGUCCCUUCAAAGGCCUCAAAAAUCCCGAAAGUUCGCUGUCCCCGUGUCUCCAGGUGCGGCAAAUUGCUGCGGGGGCCUCCGUGUCUCUGUGUCUCUCUGCUGCUGGAGACCUCUGGGUGUGGGGCCGCAGCAGCAGCCUUUGCUGCAGCCAACACAUUUUGUCUCCGAAGCUUUUUGUGCAAAUUGAGGGCCCCCAGGGGCCCCCCAGGCUCACCUCCGUCGCUGCAUGCGGAGACCACUGCCUCGCCGUCACCGAAGACGGCCGCGAAUGGGGAACUCUACGCGUGGGGCUGCACGGGGAGCGGGCGGCUGGGUGUGGGGUGGCGUCGGAAGCAGCUGCAGCAAACCCCCGCAAUGGUAAUCCCUAAUUGGGCGGAUCCAAGUGUCUCCUCAGCAGCAGCAGCAGCAGCAGCGGCAGCAGAAGACACCGGCUUCCAGUACCCCGCGGACUUGCAGGACGCAGCAGCAGCAGCAGACAGAAUCCACCUUGACCCCACUUUGAGCGAAGCGGCGGUGCAGAGUUUCCUGUCGCGGCUAGGGUUUGCUGCUGCUUCGAGCAGCAGCAGCAGCAGCAGCAGCAUGGUGGGCUCGCUGUGGCCCGCGCUGCAGCAGCUGCUGCAGCAGGAAGAAUUCGAAACUCGCCCAGACUUUCUUUUGUCUCUCGAAGACUCUCUUGUCUCCAUUUUAAACAGAGACAUUAACGAGCUGCUGCAGCUAGGAGACAGGGAAAAAGAACUCAAGCAGCUCGAAACCCACUACCAAACCCUCCUAAUCGGAGUUGCUGCGCGAGCGCGUUGUGCUUUGGCGAAUACUGCGGACAACAAAACCCCCGAGGAGCUGCAGUCGAAGCUGCCUGCGGUGGAGCCCCUGGCUUUUAUUCUGCAGCAGCAGCCAGCCUAUUUGCUGCGUCUGUUGUUUUCCGUCAAUUUGAAAACAGAGAGAGAAGUGGUGCUGAGAGUCACCGAGCAAGUAUACAUGGAGCUGGAUGACAGGCGCAUUGGGGGCCUCUUUUGCUGCUUGAUGAGAGCCGUGGCGAGGCAAGAAGUUGCAGAAGUUCCGGACCUUAUGUCUUGCAUGGACCCUGGGACCUCAAAUUUGAUGGAGCUUCUGAGGAUGUACGCGCUGCGAGGCUUCAGGGCUCUCUUUUGCAACGCCUUGCUGGACUUGCGAAACCCCAACUCCUUUGCCACGCGUGCCUCUCGACUUGGAAACGUGGACGUGUACUACAACAUCGACGAGUUGCUUCCCAAGCACGGGCUGGAGAAAAUCGAAGACGCCUCCAAGAGCCAACAAGAAGCAAUCCGGAGCGAGUUUCACCUAGGGUUUGAGGCUCUGCAGGAGCUGCUGCUGUCGGGGCUGGUGGGGCUGCUGCAGCAGCAGCUGCUGCUGCUUCCUGUUGCAGUGCAGCGGCUGCUGCUGCAAACCUCCCUUUUUGUCUACGCCCGCGGCUUCGCACUAGACCCUGAACUGCUGCAACUGGGGAUCGACUUUUGCUACACGAUCCCAGUAGUUAAGCUGGUGUUGAAUGGGCUCUUCGAGCCCCUUUUGGCCGACCCUGACGAGUUCUGCAGUGC